GCGGAAUGAACCAACGUGAAAUACGAAUGAUUUGUAGAAAAAAGAUCAAAGUAAUUAGUUUAUUGUUUAUGUUACAUACCUAAUUAUUUUGUACUAGAAAGCUGCCUAGAGAAAUUUGUUUUUGCCUAUGUUUCAGAUUUUGGUGAAUGCGUUUUAUUAGAUCUUUUGAAAAGUUUAGCGUCCUAGUACACAUGCGUACAAUCAGAAACCUGAAAAAUCUCACGGGUGAUUCUCUUUGAGCAAAGAAUUUCUAAAGAUUCGUAAUUAGAAACUAACUUGAAAAUCAGGUUAUUAUAUUUUUUAGAAACUUGAUACAUUUCAAUCAAAUUAAACGGUAUAAGUUUUUUAAUUUUUCUUAUUUAAUUUAAACUUACGAACAAUAAUAUCAAGAAUGCGGUAUCUAUAAACAUUAUUUACAAGAUCAAAUUGGAGCAAGAAUAAAAAACUAUUGAAGCAUGCCUUUGUUACAGCUUUAAGCGAUUCUUAUGUACAUACAUAAUAUUUACACCAUAAAUGAUAACAGUCGAUAAUGAAAUUGUAAUUAAUAAAGAAAAUAUUUGUUUAGCUUUGAUUAUUUCGUUAUCAGUGAUAACUCUUCUAGAGUAAUUAAAAAGAAAAAACCUCAACACUAUAUAACCUUCAAAGUAUGAGAUCAAAGCAAAUUGUUUCAAAUCAAGAUGUGGUUAAUAUAUUUCCUAUGUGCAAUUGCAUCGGCUUCGUCCCUCGUAACUAUACAAAAACCAAGUUAUGAACCUACUUGGGAAAGUCUAGACACACGUCCGUUACCUAAAUGGUACGACAAAGCAAAAAUUGGAAUUUUCAUACACUGGGGUGUUUUUUCAGUUCCAAGCUUUGGUUCUGAAUGGUUUUGGAUGAGCUGGAAAGCUAGCAACCAAAGCAGAUAUGUUGAUUACAUUAAGAAUUUCUUUCCGCCCGGAUUCACGUACCAAGAAUUCGCAAAAGAAUUUACUUGCGAAUUUUUCGAUCCGGACGAAUGGGCAAAAAUAUUUAAAAACUCUGGUGCAAACUAUGUAGUUUUAACAAGUAAACAUCAUGAAGGAUACACACUUUGGCCUUCUAAAUAUUCUUUCAGCUGGAAUAGCAUGGACAUUGGACCAAAACGUGAUCUCGUUGGCGAUUUAUCGAAUGCAGUGCGUAAACAAGGAAUGCGAUUUGGAUUAUACCAUUCCCUUUACGAAUGGUUUAAUCCCAUGUAUGUGGAUGAUAGAAGAUCAAACUUCACGAGAAAGACUUUUGUAGACCGGAAGAUUAUACCGGAAAUGAAAGAACUUAUAGAGAAAUACAGACCUGAUGUUUUAUGGUCGGACGGUGAUUGGGAGGCUUAUGACGACUAUUGGAAAUCUACAGAGUUUCUAGCCUGGGUUUACAAUGAAAGUCCCGUGCAAGACACGAUUGUUGUUAACGAUCGAUGGGGAAUAGAUAUUCCUUGCAAGCACGGAGACUUUUUCACGUGCCAAGAUAGAUUCAAUCCAGGUGUUCUACAGAAACACAAAUGGGAGAAUGCCAUGACUAUUGAUAAAGAAUCUUGGGGUUUUCGGAGAAACGCAAAAUUAAGCGACUACCUAACUACUCACCAACUAAUUACUACUUUGAUUGAGACAGUUAGUUGUGGAGGAAAUAUAUUAAUUAACGUUGGUCCUACAAAGGAGGGCAUAAUUACUCCAAUUUUCCAAGAAAGAUUACGUGAUCUUGGUAUAUGGUUGAAAGUUAAUGGUUUAGCUAUUUACAAUACUACUCCAUGGAAGUAUCAAAAUGAUACAAUUGGUCAAACUUGGUAUACUACUUCAACGGACAGCGUAUAUGCAACAACUUUAGUUUGGCCAAAGGGAGGAAUCCUAAAAUUAACCAAAGUUAAGACUUCGUUUGCUAAGCUAAAAUCGUUUUCCAGCGUUAAAUUAUUGGGUUACGAAAAGGAAUUAACGGUCAAAGUUAUUGCAGAUGAAGUUCAUGUGCUUUUACCAAGCAAAGACCUAGUUAAAACAGACUGGGCAUGGGUUGUUAGGUUUAAAUACAACGAAUUAAUCACUGAAUAUAUUUAAUAAAUGUUCUUUUACUUUUAACAUUAUAUAAGCGGAAUAUAUAUAAAAAUGUA